AAUAUGAUGUACCAAAAUUACUUCCCGUAUGUGAAUGAGGCAUAAGUGCAAUUCUAAGGUGAGAUUGAGAUAGCAAGUAAGACUUUCACCCAAUAAUUUCAGAAUAAAACCAGGGUUCAAAUUAUAAUGAGUUUAACUUAUUUCAAUAGAAUUUUUAUGCCCCUGCGUUUCCUCCCUAUUAAUUUGAGUUCGUACAAGAACACGAGAUACCGAGUCAAAUAAAAAAUAAAAAAAAUAAAAAGCAUAAGUAAUUGAAUUUAAUCUCAUUGAAAAAGGAAUAACGAUUCAAAGGGCCUUCUGCCAAAGACUUUAGAAUCAGACAAAUAGUUCGUUGAGGAUCAGCAAAAAAUAAUAAUCCCUUCAGAUUAGAUGUACAAUAUUCAUUCUCACUUUAGUAUUAAACAACCAUAUCCAGUGUUUCAUUACACACAAGGCAAUCCCAUGCCCAAACUUCAAUCAGACAUUGUUUCCAAUCCACAUUAAGAUGGCUAAGGUUCUCAGGAGGGUUCUCAAUAGACUCAAAAAUAGAAGGGAUAGCAUUCCCAAAUAAAAAAGCCAAAGAAAGAGAACAUGAAUACUGGUCAUUGGUCAACCGAUGAACAUUCGACCUACAUAUCCUUUUUAUAGUAAUAUGAGGAUAUCAUGACAUCCUCAAUGAUGAAGAAGACAUCGAAAAUAUUCAAAUAAAUGAGUGAGCUAAUUGGUACUAGAACACCCAGUCAAUGCCGAAGUCACCAUUAGAAAUUUAAUCCAUACGCUUUGAGAGGAGAGAACGGAAAGCGAUUGCCAAGAGCUGAGAGGAGUAGAGCUGGAAGAAAGAAGAAGAAUCCAUAAGCGGAUUUGCCAAAAGCAGGUAUUAUUCCUCACAUAUUAUUGUAAAGAAGAGGCGAACAUCAUUGCCAAUUAUGAGACACACGAUCCCUAUUACUACAUGAUGUUGGAACAACAGAAAUAUUAUUAUUCGAAUCUUUAGUAAGAAUUUUGGAAUCCUCAACACGAAAUGGAACAUCAUCCUAGUAUUAAAAAGGAAGAGGACAUUGAAUUCAUGAACAAUCCUCAUCUUCAAUAACUUCAAUAAGAAUAUGAAGAAUGUUUAAAAUAUAAUCUGCCUUUUGUCUAAAGAAAUGGGAUUCAAUCAGAUUACAAUUUCGAUGCUAGAAACCAAGUUGCCAACGAUUUAUUAAUAUGA